AUGUUUCAGAAAGAAAUGUUAAUGUUGGUGUUCCUGGAAGAAGAUAGGCCUGCUUUUACAUGUGGAGGAAGUCUGUCUGGAGAGUCAGGGUUUAUUGGGAGUGAAGGAUUCCCUGGAGUUUACCCUCCAAAUAGCAAAUGUACUUGGAAAAUCACAGUGCCUGAAGGAAAGGUGGUAGUUCUGUCUUUUAGAUACAUCGACUUGGAAAGUGAUAACUUGUGCAGAUAUGACUUUGUGGAUGUUUACAAUGGUCAUGCCAAUGGACAACGCCUCGGCAGGUUCUGUGGUACUUUCAAACCAGGUGCCCUUGUUGCCAAUGGCAAUAAGAUGUUGGUACAAAUGAUUUCAGAUGCAAAUACAGCUGGAAAUGGAUUCAUUGCUAUGUUUUCUGCAGCAGAACCACAUGAACGAGGGGAUCAGUACUGUGGUGGACGACUAGACAAGCCUUCUGGGUCCUUUAAAACUCCCAAUUGGCCAGAUCGAGAUUACCCAGCAGGCGUCACUUGCUCAUGGCAUAUUGUAGCCCCAAGGAAUCAGGUCAUAGAGUUGAAAUUUGAGAAGUUUGAUGUGGAGAGAGAUAACUACUGCAGAUAUGAUUUUGUGGCCGUGUUUAAUGGUGGGGAAAUCAAUGAUGCUAAAAGAAUUGGGAAAUACUGUGGAGACAGUCCACCUGCGCCCAUUGUAUCUGAACGAAAUGAGUUGCUUGUUCAGUUCCUGUCUGAUUUAAGUUUAACUGCUGAUGGCUUUAUUGGUCACUAUAAGUUCAGAGCCAAAAAGUUACCUACAACCACAGCUCCAGCUACAACCACUCCCUUUGCAACAGCAACUUUGAAACCUACAGUUGCCCUCUGCCAGCAAAAAUGUGGAAGGAAUGGGACCCCUGAGAGCAAUUACUGUUCAAGUAACUUUGUAAUUACUGGAACUGUUAUUACAGCAGUCACACGGGGUGGCAGCUUACAUGCAACUAUAUCAAUCAUAAAUGUAUAUAAGGAAGGAAAUUUAGCUAUCCAGCAAGCAGGCAAGAACAUGAGCACCAAGAUCAUUGUUGUUUGUAAGCAGUGCCCUCUCAUCAGGAGAGGUCUAAACUACAUCAUCAUGGGCCAGCUAGAAGAAGAUGGCAGAGGUAAAAUCCUGCCCAACAACUUUGUCAUGAGUUUCAAGACUAAGAACCAAAAGACCCUGAACACCUUGAAAAACAAACGGUGUUAAAAUGUGAAUUCUGUAUCUGCUUUCUGCCAUCUCUGUGUGAGAAACAAUUUUUAUACAGUAAAAAUCAGGAAGAUAAAGCUGACCAUAACCAAAAAGCGCUUGUCAUUCUACUGUCUCUUACAUAUAACCAUGUAACUUAGCACUGACUGUCAAUUACAUUAAAAUAUUGAGACUAGACACCAAAUUUUAAACUACAAGAUUUGCAGCAUAACCAUCUGACCUGAAACAAACCAAGUUCUGGCUCCUUUGAAUCUGUUAAUUUAUAUUUGUCUCAGAAGGAUUUUUUUUAGGAAUGAAUUUGUGCUGAUGUAAAAGAAUAAUAAGUGCAAUAUUUAUAUAAAUUCAUUUUAAUGUAGGUUUUUCUUCUAAAGUUGUUUUAUUUUGUGGGCUCUUACAUUAUCUAAGAUUAAGAUAUUUUAAAACCUUAUGCUAGACCAAAGAAUUAUUUAUAUAUAUAAUUUGAUAAGUGGAACAUGCUAAAAAAUAGAAAAUCUGUGAUCAUUGACAUGUUUGCAAUGCUCUGGCACUUGGAAUGGAAACAUUUUCUUGUGGAGUAUAAGAUCUGCUUCUGAUAUCUUUGGAAGACUAUAGGAACUGGAUUUGGGUUUUAAAAAUUUGAAAUUAUACUACAGCACAAGGCUUUUAUCUAGUAAUGUUUUAUUUAGCUUGUUUUAUUUUGCAGUAUUUCACAAAUAAAGACAAAACAUUCACUCUCUAGGUAAGGGCUAGGAAUCAGUCAAGGGACAGAGACCAAGAUUCAGAUUGACACUCAGCACUAGCAGUACAAAUGGGUAGGAUAUUUUUCUGCAUAGGUUGAUGAGAUAAAAAAAAAAUGCCUUAAAGUCAGAAUGAUUUUCUAUUAGACAUUAUUCCCUUUAUAUAUACAUGGAAGUAAAUGACUAGGAAGGAACUGUUUGGGAUAAACAGGAUUUUACAUCCCUUGUUCUAAGCGAGUAAAUGAAAUGUUUAACCAGUUAAUCGAUUAAGGAGAGGGUGGAUGGAGGGGGCACCAGUCUAACUGAGCUGGAGCACCAUUCCCUUCCCCUCCCCCUGCUACCAUUGCCGACGAGCUGCUCGGUCCAGGCUGGAACAUCCUAUGCCAGUGGUGGGUCCUGCUGGCCUGGAGGCAAUGAAUUGGAAAUGUUAAACCAUUAAGGGUGAGGCUUACCAAUUAACUGCACAUCUCUAGAUACCACAGUAACUGGUGUUCUAAGUCAGUUUUGUCCAUUGCAUUCUGUCUGACAUCACCCCCAUAUUGGUGCACAUAACAAAAGUCAUGUGCCCCCACACAUUGCACAGUGGUUGGCUGCUAGGGCCAUCGUUUGUGUCUCUGCAUGACGCACUGUGGGGAGGGGGGGAAAUCUCUGCAUGUUGAAUAGGCCCUCAAGCAAGCUGCAAGGAUUGUGCUGGGGGCAGGAGCAGUGCACAGAGUUCCCCCAAGGAGCUCGCACUGCCCAGAGAUGCACAUUCUGGGGCCCCAGCAGCUUUGAAAAGUGUGCUGGGGCAUAGGUGGCCCAGAGUAUCAUGGCAGAGAGGAUAUGAAUGUUUGACAGGCCACAUUUGGCCUGUGGCCAUAUUUUGCCCACCUCUGAGCUAGAUGGUGCUUGGUCCUGCUGUGACUGCAGGCGACGAGACUUAAUGACCUCUCAAGGUCCCUUCCAGUUCUAGUAUUCAGUGAUUCUAUGACUUACCCAGCAUCACACAGCAGUUCAAUGGUACAGCCAGCAAUAGAACCCAUGUUUCCUACCUCCUACUCCAUUCCUCUACUCACCAAACCAGGGCUACUCAACACGUGGCCCACAGGCCCGAUGUGGCCUGCAGCCCAUUUGUUUGCGGCCCGGAUUUACACGGGGCCUGCAGAUGGGAUCCUUUGAACAUGGCCUCCAAUGGGAGCACGCUCCACAAGGGCAAGGCAUCUCCUAGGCGGGGUGAGCACUGAACCACCCAAGCGGACAGGCUGGCUGGAACAGAUGGG